AUGUCAGAACCAGGCGGAGAUCUCGACGGCCAAAUGCCAAAAGGUUUCUUCUCAACCUUAAUGGCCGAUGGGGAGUGGUUGUUCAUGAAAGGGGAGUAUAAGAAAGCUAUAGAGAGCUUCACAAAGGCUCUGACUAUAAAGCCUGAUGACAAGACCUGCUUUGUGGGUCGGUCCAAGUGUUACUUGAAGUUGGGUCAGUCUGACGACGCCUUAAGAGACUCAGAGGAUUCACUGAGAGAAGACAAGUCAUUUUUCGAGGGCUUGUACCAAAAGGCAGAAGCUUUAUACUACAUGGGAGAAUUUGAGUUUGCACUGGUGUUUUACCAUAGAGGACAAAAACUACGUCCACAAAUACAGGAGUUCAGGCUGGGCAUCCAAAAAGCACAGGAGGCCAUAGAAAACUCUGUUGGCAGCCCUUCCUCUGUGAAACUUGAGAUUAAAGGGGACCUGUCAUUCCUCCAAAAAGAUGAGGAGAGGGCAAUGCCGAUUACUGCCAUUCAGCAUCUGACGACAAAGAAAAAAAAGCUGACCAAGAUGACCCCAAAGAGUGAGAAGACCACCAAACAACUGCUGGGAGAGUUUUACAGUGAUAAGAAAUAUCUUGAAAACCUGCUGAAAGAUGAAGAUUUAGUAAAAGCUAAGACGAAGGAUGGGGAAAGACUGCAGGACGUCAUUCAGAGCUGCCUCACAUACCUCGACACUUGCACUGAGUUUUGGAACCAGGAGAAACCUAUCUGCACUCGGGAAAGGGACCCUAAAAAAAGGCCCCGCCAUACUGCCCCCUGUGAACCCGCUCAGUUUAUCCUGAAGAGUCUGGAUGACAUUGACACAGAGUUGGUGUCUGGAAACCCACAAGGUAGUCUGCAGAAGGCUGAAGAAGUCCUGAAGAUGGUGCAGAAAUGGUCAGAACGAGAGGUGCCCCAUAAAAAAGAGGUUUUGGGAAAUUUGCACAGUUGCAUCGGAAAUGCUUUGAUCAUCCUGGGAGAUAUGGACAAAGCACUUCAGCAUCAUAAAAAAGACUUGGAGUUGGCUAAAGAGUGCAAACUCCCUGAUGCAAAGUCCAGAGCUCUGGACAACAUUGGCCGAGUCUAUGCCCAAACUGGACAGUUUACACAGGCCAUUGAGAUCUGGGAAAAGAAGAUUCCCUUGAUCCGUGGCGGAUUGGAGAAGACCUGGUUAUUUCACGAGAUUGGUUGGUGUUACCUGGAGCUUAAUGACCACGAAGAAGCCCGAAACUAUGGCAUCCGCUCAGUCACUGCAGCUGAUGAGAUUGCUGAUGAGAAAUGGCAGCUUAAUGCCAGUGUUUUGGUGGCACAAUCAGAAUUGAAACUUGGAAACUAUGAAUCAUGCGUCUCCCACUUCGAGAGAGCUUUGAACCACGCCAAGCUGCAAAAAGACGACUCUGCCAUGAACGCCAUUCAGAAGGCUCUGGAUGAAGCAAAGAAGCACCUAUCACAAUGA